CCCCGCCCCCGCCGCCGUCCCCGCCAUGGCGGCGCUGCGGGCGGUGCUGGGCGCCGCGCUGGCCGCCGCCUUGGCCGGGGCAGCCCCCGCCGCCGUUUCUCCGCCGCCCCGUAAUGUCUCCGUGCUGCUGGAGCCCGGCUCCGGGCAGCUCCGCGUCCUGCCCGGCCGCCACCAGGCCGCCGUUGCCUGGGCCAGCCUCGAGGACCGGAUCCCCGCUGUCGGCUGGGCUUUCCUGGAGGUGACCACCAACGCCUCGUACAGCGACAGCCUGCAGGCCUACGCCGCCGGGCUCGCCGAGGCCGCCGUCUCCGAGCAGCUGAUGUACAUGCACUGGAUGAACACCAUGGUGGGCUACUGCGGCCCCUUCAAGUACGAGAGCGAGUAUUGCGAGAAGCUGCGGAGCUACCUCGAGGCCAACCUGGCCUGGAUGGAGGAGCAGAUGGGGAAAGGGGAGGACCCCGAGUACUGGCACCAGGUACGCCUGGCCCUGCUGCAGCUGAAGGGGCUGGAGGACAGCUACAACGGGCGCCUGGAUUUUCCCCGGGGCAGGUUCACCCUGGCACCCUUCGGCUUCCUCCUGCUGCAGUUGGGGGGUGACCUGGAAGACCUGGAAUCUGCCCUGAACCGCUCCUCCCCACGGCGUGUCCUGGGCUCAGGCUCCUGCUCUGCCCUCCUGAAGCUGCUGCCGGGCCAUCGGGAUCUCCUGGUCGCCCACGACACCUGGACCUCCUACCAGUCCAUGCUGCGCAUCGUCAAGAAGUACACGCUGCCCUUCCGUGCCUCGGCUGGCGGCAAUUCUCAGAUCCCCGGGAGCAUCCAGGUGUUUUCCUCCUACCCCGGCACCAUCUUCUCCGGGGAUGAUUUCUACAUCCUCAGCAGCGGGUUGGUAGCGCUGGAAACCACCAUCGGGAACAACAACCCGGCACGGUGGAAGUACCUGGACCCACGGGGCAGCGUCCUGGAGUGGCUGAGGAACAUCGUGGCCAACCGCCUGGCCCGCAGCGGUCCCGAGUGGGCCGCCGUCUUCCGACGGUUCAACAGCGGCACAUACAACAACCAGUGGAUGGUGGUGGACUAUAACGCCUUCACGCCGGGGAAAGCGAGCCCACCGCAGGGCGUGCUGACCGUGCUGGAGCAGAUCCCGGGCCUGGUGGUGGCGGCCGAUCGGACGGAGCUGCUGUACCAGCAGGGCUACUGGGCCAGUUACAACCUGCCGUACUUCGAGGAGAUCUUCAACGCCAGCGGGAACCCGGAGCUGGUGAAGAAAUACGGCGACUGGUUCACCUACGACAAGAACCCGCGCGCCCAAAUCUUCCGCCGGAACCAGACGCUGGUCCGCGACCUGGACUCCAUGGUCCGCCUGAUGAGGUCCAACAACUACCUGCGGGACCCGCUGUCGCGGUGCGGGGGCUGCGACCCCCCCCAGAACGCCGAGAACGCCAUCUCCGCCCGCUCCGACCUCAACCCCCCCAACGGCACCUACCCCUUCCCUGCCCUGCGCCAGCGCUGCCACGGCGGCACCGAUAUGAAGGUCACCUCCUCGGGCAUGGCCCCCACCUUCGGGCUGGUGGCCGCCAGCGGUCCCACGUGGGGUGACGUGCCCCCCUUCCGCUGGAGCGCGUCCCCCUGCAGCACCCUGCUGCACAUGGGUCACCCCGACCUCUGGACCUUCCCCCCCAUCAAAGUCCGCUGGGACUGAGCGGGUGUUACUGGGCUGAACCUGUCUGUCCAUCUGUGGGCGUCUGUCCUGCGUGGGAAUCCCUUAUGGGUGGGGGUCACAGUGCUACCCACUCUCUCCUAUCCCCAGGGGACUGGUUUUGGGUGCAAGGGGGGGGGGGUCCCCUGCCCCCUUGGCUCUUUCUGCUUCUGCCUCUCGCUGCCACAUCCCCGCAAGGUGCUGUGCCCCCUCCCCGCCAAAGGGCUCCGGCCCUGGGAUGUUUUCUUGGGUGCUGACACCUGGUUUUGGGGGGGCUCUUCCCAGAAAAUGGGGGGGUCCCGGGAGGCUGGGGCUCGCCUGCAGGGCAAAGAGGAGGGGAGCGAGCUGGUUUGGCCGCGACAAAUAAAGCGCUCUGCGUGCA